AUGAGUUGUCCCGGGAAGAUGAGCGUUCAGGCGGCGUUGAUCCUCGUGUGUGUGGCCCAGCUGACUGCAGGUCUGAAGUGUGUGUGUCAGCUCUGCGCCAACCACACCUGUGAGACCAGCUCAGGCGGCGCCUGCUGGAACUCGGUGAUGCUGAUUGACGGGACGGAGGAGACGGUGAAGUCCUGCCUGUCUCCCACCGAGAUGAAGGGCCAGGUCUUCUGCUACAGCUCCCGCAACGUCUCCAAGAGGAACUGCUGCUUCACGGAUUUCUGCAACAGUGAGACUCUGCACCUACACACAGAGAGGCCUUUGGAAGAACCUGAAAGCUGGAGCCGGCUGCAGCUCUCGGUGCUGAUCCUGGUGCCGUCCUGCCUGCUGUGUGUGGGCGUGCUUCUCGGCGUAUUCGGCGUGCCGGGCCACUACUGUUCCUACAGUCGAGCCCACAAGCACGACCCCGAGGAGCCCCUGGACGACCACAUGAUCACGGCAGUCGACAAAUGUCUCCAAGAUCUGAUCUACGACAUGAGCACCUCGGGCUCUGGAUCAGGUCUGCCACUGCUGGUGCAGAGAACCAUAGCUCGGACCAUCGUGCUGCAGGAGACGAUUGGGAAGGGUCGGUUCGGUGAGGUGUGGCGGGGCAAGUGGCGAGGGGAGGACGUGGCGGUGAAGAUCUUCUCCACCAGGGACGAGAGGUCCUGGUUCCGUGAGGCCGAGAUCUAUCAGACGAUCCUGCUCAGACACGAGAACAUCCUGGGAUUCAUCGCUGCAGACAGCAAAGAUAACGGCCUGUGGACUCAGCUCUGGCUGGUGUCGGAGUACCAUGAGCACGGCUCCCUGUACGAUUACCUGAGCAGGCACACGGUGUCGAUGGAGGGCAUGGUGGUCCUGGCCUUAUCGAUAGCCAGUGGGCUGGCACAUCUCCACAUGGAGAUCAUUGGCACCCAGGGGAAACCUGCCAUCGCUCACAGAGACUUAAAGUCCAAAAAUGUCCUGGUGAAGAACAACGGCACAGCGGUAAUCGCAGAUUUGGGUAUGGCCGUUAAACACGACUCCAACACCAACACCAUCGACAUACCGCCCAACCACAGAGUGGGAACCAAAAGGUACAUGGCCCCAGAGAUUCUGGACGAGACGAUCAAUAUGAGCAACUUUGAAUCGUUCAAGCGAGCGGACAUCUACUCGCUCGGCCUGGUGUUCUGGGAACUGGCCCGAAGAUGCUCUAUUAGGGGACUUAAUGAAGAUUUCCAGCUGCCUUAUUACGACCUUGUGCCUUCAGAUCCGGCCGUGGAGGACAUGAGGAAGGUGGUGUGCGAUCAGAAGCUCCGACCCAGCAUUCCCAACCAGUGGCAGAGCUGUGAGGCGAUGCGUGUAAUUGGCAAAGUGAUGAGAGAGUGCUGGUACGCCAACUCCGCCGCUCGUCUCACUGCGCUGCGGGUCAAGAAGACCGUCUCUCAGCUGUCCAUGAUCAAGGAUGUCAAAGAAUAG